ACCCCCCUUUCCAGUCCCAACAGAGACAGCGAUGAGGGAAUCUUGGCACUUGCACUCGGCACUUGGAGCCCGGCCAAGGCAUUUGUUUAGCUUCCCAGCUGGGGGCUGGCCUCUCCGCAAAAGGAUUCCUGGGACGGGACGGAGCAGAGGCGUGCUUCGCACUCGGGGCCUCCCUUCGUGCCGGGAUGGCGGACCCCCUUCUUCCCCUGCCCUCCGGCGUCCGGGAUCUGGGCUUCACGGAGCACCCCCUGCGGAAACUCUGCGGAAAGAAGACCAAUCCCCCAGGGGCUUCCGAGUGGAGGGGACUCUUCCUCGGUGAGGCCUGGGUUCGAGUCUCGCACAGCGCCGAGGGCAUCUGAGUCGGCUGCCAACACUCCCCAUUGCCCAAGUUGUCUGAAUUUGCCGGUUGGCGGGAACAAUGCUGCAAGGCUCCCCUGGGGGCUCCCCGGCCCCCUCGCCCCACAACUCGCCCGUCCUCUUCCGGAAGGUGAUGGCCAGCCCUGGCGUGCGGCUGCAGCGGCGCUUCACGGUGGCGCACCCGCUCUGUUUUGACCUUGAGAAUGGCUUCUCCCCAGGACGGACCCCUCUGGAUGCCCAGACCCACCCCGGCCUGGGGCUGGUGCUGCAGGGGGCCACACCCCACGGCCAGCGCCGAGAGUCCUUCCUCUACCGCUCAGACAGCGACUACGACCUCUCGCCCAAGGCCAUGUCCCGCAACUCCUCGGUCGCCAGCGACAUGCAUGGAGAAGACAUGAUUGUCACUCCUUUUGCACAGGUCCUGGCCAGCCUGCGGACGGUGCGCAGUAACUUUGCCCUCUUGACCCACCUGCAGGAACGCCUCGGCAGCAAGAGAUCGUCUGGAGUUCCCAACUUGCCGCCCACUUCUAAAGUCAACCUGCCAGAAGAUGCUUCCCAAAAACUGGCUGUGGAGACCUUGGAGGAGCUGGACUGGUGCUUGGACCAGCUGGAGACAUUGCAGACAAGGCAUUCGGUCAGCGAAAUGGCCUCAAACAAGUUCAAAAGGAUGCUGAAUCGGGAACUGAGCCACCUCUCCGAAACCAGCCGCUCUGGGAACCAAGUGUCCGAGUACAUCAGCAGCACUUUCUUGGACAAGCAGCAUGAGGUGGAGAUCCCAACCCUGGUUCCUAAGGAGAAGGACAAAGAGAAGAAGAAGAAGAAGCGGCCGAUGUCGCAGAUCAGCGGCGUGAAGAAACUGACGCACGGGUCCAGCUUCCGCUGCGUGGCCGCCAUCCCUCGCUUCGGGGUCAAGACGGAGAAGGAGGGUCUGCUGGCCAGGGAACUGGAAGACGUGAACAAGUGGGGCCUGGAUGUCUUCAAGAUUUCCGAGUACUCUGGCCACCGCCCUCUGACAGUCAUCAUGUACAGCAUCUUCCAGGAAAGAGACUUGCUAAAAUCUUUCCAAAUCCCCGCGGACACCUUCAUUACCUUCAUGAUGACCUUAGAGGACCACUACCACGCGGAUGUGGCCUACCACAACAACAUCCACGCAGCCGAUGUGGCCCAGUCCACCCACGUCCUGCUCUCCAUGCCAGCUCUGGAGGCCGUCUUCACUGACUUGGAGAUUUUGGCUGCCAUCUUUGCAGCUGCCAUCCACGACGUCGACCAUCCCGGGGUCUCCAACCAGUUCCUGAUCAAUACCAAUUCGGAGCUGGCGCUGAUGUACAAUGAUGCGUCGGUACUUGAGAACCACCACCUGGCUGUGGGCUUCAAGCUCUUGCAAGAGGAAAACUGUGACAUCUUCCAGAACAUCUCCAAGAAGCAACGGCAGUCUCUCCGCAAGAUGGCCAUUGACAUGGUCCUGGCGACAGAUAUGUCCAAACACAUGAACCUUCUGGCUGAUCUGAAGACAAUGGUAGAGACCAAGAAGGUCACCAGUUUGGGGGUCUUGCUUUUGGAUAACUACUCCGACCGCAUUCAGGUGCUGCAGAACAUUGUUCACUGUGCAGACCUCAGCAACCCGACCAAACCCCUGGAGCUGUACCGCCAGUGGACGGACCGGAUCAUGGUGGAAUUCUUCCACCAGGGAGACCGGGAGCGGGAGAAGGGCAUGGAGAUCAGCCCCAUGUGCGACAAGCACAAUGCCUCCAUAGAAAAGUCUCAGGUGGGAUUCAUCGACUACAUUGCUCACCCGCUCUGGGAAACCUGGGCUGACCUCGUCCACCCAGACGCCCAAGAGAUCUUGGACACCCUUGAAGACAACCGCGAAUGGUACCAGAGUAUGAUCCCGCACAGCCCGCCGCCACCCCCUGACGAGCUGGCAUCCGAGAAAGGAGCCCCUGACAAGUUCCAGUUCCAGCUCACAUUGGAAGAGGAAGACGGAGAGGAGUCAGGCGCCGAGAGCCCCCUGGAAGAAGACCACAGCGAGACGAAAACCCCAGGGACCACUGACGACUCGGAGUCGGCCCCUGAGCCUCUGCCGUCCCCCAUGGACAAGCAGGGCAGCCCCCCAAGGAACGUCCUGGCGAUGCAGAACUUUGAUAACCGGAGGACACUCUCGCAGAGUGACGGGGGCUCGGCCACGGGGGCCGCCACUGAGACCGAAAGGAGGACAACCGAGGCCGGUCUUGAUCAAGAAGGGAAUAUCACCUUCCUGCCCCUUGGGACGUAACGGGGGAAGUGCGGUUGGGGAAAAGGCACUGUUGUUGCUCCAUCUUGGCGGCGUCACGGGGUGGGUGUGUCUUGAAAGGCCUCUCCACCACCGGAAAAGGUCUGCCAUGGUGGUUUCCUUGCCCUCUUCCCAAGAAAACUGUGGAAGAAUGCCAACGGCGGGCAUGUGCCCAUGCCUCGCCCCUCCUGUCUUCCUCUCAGCAUUUUCCGCCUAUGGAGCCCGGGUUGUGGCAAGCCCAGCUGUGGGGAGAAAUCUCCCCCCUUCCUCCAGGGACCUGCAUGGUUUCAAUGGGGACAGAGCCCAUGGGAGAAGAGGACCCCUGGGCAACCACAAGCUUUGUGGGCACAGGGUUGCGAGUUCCGUCCCUUACAACUCCAUUUAAAAAAAAUGAUUUUGGGUAAUCUUGCCAGGCUGAGAAAAGGCCUCCCCCCGCCCUGUCUGUGAGACUGAGUUGGAGGAUUCGUUGGGGGUCAGUCUAAACACAUACGAACCGCCCGACUUGCAUUCUCUCCAAAUGUUGGUCUUACUGGUGAGGUGGCAGAGCUUGGGCUGUGCGUGGUCGAGUUGCAAAUCCCACUUCUUGGUCCAGGUUCGAAUCCCACUUCGGCUUGAGACCUUGCGUGCAACAUAGGGAUAGAUAGGUGAGUUGCACUGGACUUGAAAAGGCCCCUUUGGGUGUUGCUUCUGCAAGCGGAGGGCUGUGCAGAGAGAAAGCACCCAACCCCGCUCUCCCCAGCACAAGCAAACCAGUAUUCCUCCAGUGACCUGAGAAAUUGCCUCCAGUUAUUGCUCUUCACCCAACAGGCUCCCCCAUGGUAGCAAGAAGCCCUUGCCCUGCAUUUGGAGAUUCACCUCCUUUAUCUUCUCCCUUUCUAAGUCUGCUCCUGGAACCUGCAGAAAUCCAGGGCUUGCUCCACGUUUUCUCGCCCCCGAUAGCUGUGCUAGAAACAAAUUUCUUUCGGCUAACGUCCUGUGCUGUCUUUUCUCCUCUAUGGAAAUAUUUAUAGACAGCUAUUUUUAAAAAGAAAAAGAAAUCUGCCAUGUUUUUUCUCUUAAAGGCACUGCUUCGGAAUGAAAACACCCCUUACAUUUCCUCCCCCACCCUUUCCAUUUUCCAUUAAGGGG